AUGUCUGAGCAAGAAAGCAGUACAAAAGAAAGUGAAAUCAACGCCGGAGCCAACGCCGCCGCGUCAGGUUCAGCCGCUGCUUCUGGCGGUAUUGGAGCUUCAGCAUCAAAGAAGGAGACUCAGCAGAAGAAAACGCCCAAGAAAUUAGGACCCAAGCCUGGCGCCAAGCAGGAAGACGCUCCUAAACAAGAAUUGACCACGGUGACGGUGGUGAGGAACGUGAAGAACCCAAAGAAGAAGAACCUCAACCGAAAAUGGACAAGGAGAAGCCGAGAUCACAGUCGCGGCGACAGAGUCGAGGACGUGGUCGGAGCAGAGACAGCGGCUCAGAAAGCAUGCCACCGAGCGACACCGAACAGGCGCAAGGUGGUCGACGAAACCGCAAUCGCAAUCGUGGGAAAGGACAGCAACAGCAGCAGCAGCGGUGGCGGCCUACCCGCCGUAGACGAGGCUGGCGAGACGCUGGACGGCGUAACCGAUACCGUCAGUGGUGUGACGGACGGGGCGCAGGAUCUCGUGAAAAACACCGCCGGGGAUGCGGUGGGUGGUGCAACAGGCAAGGCAGGUGAAGCUGUCGGUGGUCUCCUCGGCGGCAAGAAGGGUGGCCAGGAAGAAAAGGGAGGUGAGGAGGAGGGUACCAACGAGCAGUUGCGACUGAGAUUGGACUUGAAUUUGGAUAUUGAGAUCCAAUUGAAGGCAAAGAUCCAUGGUGACUUGACCUUGGGCUUACUGUGA